AGCGGAUGAGACAUGAGCCAAACUAAAAACUCAAAGUACAUUUUCCCUAAAGAUGGUUUCUGUCAUUUUAGGUAGUUCUUAUCAUGCUGAUGUAUGUUCAAGUGUUAAUUUUUCUGAUAAGUUUAGUUAUUUGAUGAUAUAAAAAGGGAGUUUGACAUCUGACUGACAGCUGAGGCUGGCACGUGUACUUCGAGUUUCCAGUCUUUGUGCUAAGCUAACUGGCUGCUUACUCUAGCUUCGUAUUUACCAUACAGACAUGAGAGUGGUAUUGAUUGAACUCUCAACAAGAAAGCGAAUAAAGGUAUUUCCCAAAAUCAAACUAACAUUAUUUCUUUGAUUUUAAUGGGUUUAUUAUUAUAUCACAAAAUUGUCAAAGUUAUUUUACAAGACAGAUUGUCUGUAUUUGUGUUCUUGUCUGCUUUUUUUUUCAAUGGUUUGAAGUGGACAGGGUUCGAUUGGAAAAAGGUGAGGUCAUGCAUUUCCUUGCGCCAAUUAGGAUUUACAACAUUUGAAUGAAAAAGUGAUGGCACUUGUGGGGUUGUUUGCUUGUGUUGCCAGGUCACGAUCAAUCUAAUCUGAUCAAACCACACCCGCACAGUCCUGAUGAAGCAGAUUUUUGAGAUAUAAGGAUAUUUAUUUCUGAACUUUGUUUUAAAUAUUUUAUGUUGCAGAGAAAUAUUUAAGAUUGGAAACCAAUUUUUCAGAGGCUUAUCUGUCAUGCUCUGUACUGAAACACAACAAAGGAAGAACACUGCAAUGCACCUUGAAGAUGGACCUGGGAUAAGUAUUUUAAAAUAUCCCUGAUCGAGUUAGAAGAGAUCAUUUUCAUGUAACACUUUUGUAAUAAUAAUACCAAAGCUUAAGUAAUAAAGGAAGGAGUGAAAUCUGCCUCUUGUCAGCGUUUACGUUGAGAAGCACUUGCAUGAUUAGAUGUCUUGCGAUCGAUGCAGCCUCUUCUUCCAAUCAUUAAGACUGCUCUUAACAGAUUACAGCCCCCUCCCAAACACGCACAGUCUUUUCUCCUCCUCUUCCUGCCCCUCCUUCAGUCUCACACACUCUCUCUUUCAGCAGAUAAAACAGGAUUUGCCUCUUAAGCACUUCUUUAGCUUUCUCUUUGAAUUUAAACCUUUUUAGAGCAUUUUCUUCCACCUGAAGCUACAGCUCACCUCUUAAGGUUCAGGUAGAGUUUAGUUGGUUUCACCUGAGCUCCACUGAUGAACAGACAGCGGAAUGAAAAAGACUAAACAAAAAUAUAAGAGGUGGUGGUGAACAGACUACAACCGACAAAGAUGGACCUGCGAACAAUCUUCUGUCACCUCCUGCUUUUAUGUUUUGAACCAUCUGCAGCCACAAGCCUUAUUACAGCGGAUAUAUUUGAAGCCAGAGGUCAACGUGUGUGCAAGGCAGGGAAAGGGAGGCCGUGUUACAAGCUGGCCUAUUACUCCGAGCUCCGACGGAAGCUGAACUUCGUUGAGGCAGAGCUCGCCUGCAGACGGGACGGGGGGCAGCUGCUGAGCGUGGAGUCUGUGUCUGAGCAGGAGGUCAUAGAGCAGCUCAUCACAGAGCUCCACCCAACUGAUGGAGACUUCUGGAUAGGUCUCCGCCGUAGCCAUGGAGACGAGGGCAGCAGCUCAGAGUGCUCCUCACAGUACUAUUGGCUGGAUGGCAGCAAUUCUACAUUUAGGAACUGGCACAGGGAUGAGCCAUCAUGCGGCUAUGAGGUGUGUGUGGUGAUGUAUCACCAACCAUCCGCUCCUUCUGAUUUCGAGGGGAGCUACAUGUUCCAGUGGAACGAUGAUAAUUGCGAAACAAAGAACAACUUCAUCUGCAAAUACACUGCAGAGAAGCCACAGGGCCGUUCCCCUUCUCCCAACUCCACUCAAACAAAUGUCUUCCCUUCAACUGUGCUGCCGCCGAAUCCAAGGGACCACAACCAGGACAGAAACACAGCUCUGAAUUUGGUUUACAUCAUCAUUCCCACCAUUCCCCUGAUACUGCUGUUACUGACAGUGACUGGAGUCUGCUGCUUCAAACUGCUUGUCAGACGAAGGAGGAAACAGCAGAAAUCAGAAGUAUGCCAGACAGACCCGGGCGUCUGCCCCAGCACGACUCCAACUGACGUCUAUAACGUCAUUCGCUCCCAGAAGGACGAUGACCUGGUUUCAACUCGCCCGCACGCCAAAAUCACCUCCUUUUUAUGCUCCUCCCCUGACACACCGACAGGUGACUACGACAACCUGGGGGGUCGGGACACAGAGAGCGGCUUUGUGACGCUUGCCAGCACAGAGAGCGGCUUCCUCAACUUUGACCUCAAUGACCUCAGCCUUGGGCGUCGUGGCACCCGCGACUUCUACGACACCAGCUUGGGCCGCUCAGGAAAGAGGGACUUGAAUGACACUGGGCAGAGAGAGUUUUAUGACAGGAGUCUAGGUCGUCGUACAACAAAGAGUGAGCAUUACGGCAGCAGUGUGUACAGGGACCACGGAUUGUAUGAUGGCAGUAUCAGAGGAGGGAGUGAUCUCUAUGAUCCCAAACUGAGGCUUGGAGGUCACACAGUAAAGGCUGACCUCUAUCAGACGUACAUCACCAACGGCAAGGAGGACACUUACCAAACCAGCCUCGGAACCUAUGGAAACCGAAAAUCCAACCAAGCAAAUCUGGAUUGCUACAGAAAUGGCCUGAAUCUUGAUGGCGGAAGGAGAUACUUCAAUGAACAAGAAUGGAUCAACAGAGAAAGCUACUGAUCCUCUAAACAGCUUCUUUAUUGUGUGUAUAGCAGUGUUUGUGUGAUUGUGGACAGGAACAAAAGAAUGGCAAAAAGACUGUUUGUAUGGUAUGUUUCUGAAGCCUUUCAGGGGAUUAAAAUCAGGUGAGACGUGCUCAAAUUAUAUUUUGUCACUGGCCCCACAGUUCAACCUGUGGCCCCUGUGGCAAUUAGUUUGUGGUAACUGAAAACAAAUUUCUUUAGGAAUAUGAACUUUAAUUAAAGCAUCAGUUUACCCAAAUUACAAAAAAACCAAAACAUUUUGUCACUUAUCUGUGGUAGUGUCCAGCCAUGCAGAUAGUUUGGGUUUGAUUUUCUAAAGUUCCUGAGCAUCCACCCCAAUUUAAAGGAGGUAAAUUAAAUUUUUGUUGUGGUUCUCAGAGCACUGGAGAAUUAUAUUUAAAUAAUUCAAUAGCAACAUAUCUUUCCAAAACAUUGUCCAGGUUACUCUGAAUAAUCCACAGACCUACAGCUUUCACUGUAACUACUUUCUAGUGAAUAAAGAGUCUGUGUAUUAUCACGGACACUGUUUCUAGACAGAUACACUACUGCUGAUUUUUUAAAAUGUAAUUUCUCAGUUCUAUGAGCACCGCAAAUCCAUUCACCUUUAUUAUAUUCAGGUGGCAGCACUCAAAGACAAAUAUCUCAAAACCUGGACAAAUAAAAUCAAAACAAUCUGCAUUGUUGGACACUACACCACUACAGGCAAGUGAGGAAAAAAUGUUUUUGUAAUCUGGGUGAAUUGACACUUUGAGAUUAGAUAUUAAAGGGGAACUCCACCAAUUUUGCACAUCAAAGUCUGUAGCCCGCUCCUCAUUUCUGAUUUAGGCUAGUGGCUCGAAUCUACAUUAGCUGCUACUAGCAUAACACACACGAAUCUCAAACGGAACUUUCGCCUGUUGAGUUGCAUUGUGGGUAAUGCAGGAUCCAGGUUUUGACAAGAAAGAAGAUUACAUGGAAUAAAAAGAUGAUAUCUCUGGUUCUGCUCCAUGAUUCUAAUGCUUUUUUAAAAACUGCUCAUCGUGAGUCAGACAAUGUUACAGCGUAAUGCUAAAUCCUUGGAGUACUCUUUUAACACAAGCUGAUCUACAUGGCCUGGCCUCAAGACUAGAUCAUUUCUCUGGACCUGUCUAUGCCCCAAUCAUUUGAGUUAAUGUUGUGCUUAAACAAUGCAUAUCUCAAACAUAUUUUCAUUUAGUUAAAUUACCACAAACAAACGUACACACAGGACACCUGGGGGCCUUCAGAGGCAGUGCAUACUCCAGCUUUGGGGAGGCCCAGUAAAGAAGCCAAGUUAAAGCUCAAACUCACAUUAAACAUGAACUCACAAUGAGGUGGGCCAGAUGACUUUUGUCAUGUCAUCUCACCUUUGCCUCCACACAUUACAAUAUUAUCAAAAUUUACAGAGGCGAUACAAUAAUAACCUCCCUCAAGUAAUAGCAUGGAGUGUCUUAGAUGUAACUGGGUGAAUAUGAGCGACUUUGACAAUAAAAAUGUGUGUGUGUGUGUGUGUGUGUGUGUGUGUGUGUAGCAGCCUGUUUGCAUGGCCUUGUCAUGCUGCCCUUGCUUGGUAACUAUUAAGGUCUUGGACCCUUAUGAUUGCUGUGCCUGAAAAUGUUUUAAUCACACCUAAAUUCACCUGAUAUAAACAGGCUACCUCAAACAGAUUAAGACACAAUAACAAUAAACCAAUACUGCUUGAGGGAGCCAAGGCUGGAUAUUUUAUGUGCUGCAAGUGUGUUUUGACAUGGCCAGAACUUGAAUUGAAUUUCAUUGAUACACUUUCUCCCUUAUUUAUUAAUGGCUUUCUGUCUCCUAUCGAGUAAAGCAAAGACAGCCAAAAACAAUGCUAGCAAGUGGAAAGUUGGCUCAUACAGUGAAUUCAGCUUGAGUGCCUGCAGCCUGACCACAGCAAUGGCAUGAUAUUGAAGAGAAUGAUAAAAUACAGCAUUGUUAUUAUUAUUUAUUCAGAAUGUAUAAUGCCUUGACAUCUCUCCUAUAAGUGAGAAUGGUUUGUAUGUUUGUUACAUAAAGAAAUCUUCAAAUAAAAUGAGAUUAGAAUUGAA